AUGGCCGACGCCGGCGACCCUCCUCCCCCUCUCUGCCCCCUCUGCGGCCAACCCACCCAGGCCGCAAUGGCCUCCGUCUCGCCGCUGAUAUCAUUGGCGUCGCCCUCGAGGCCGCCGCUGAAGAGGAGGUCCCCGCCCGAGGCGCCCCCUGCGGUGGUGCGGGUGGAGAUCGGCGACGAGGCCGCGGCGCUGCGUGAGGCGCUGGCGCGGCAGCACCAAACGCUCAGGGAACUUCAGGUGGAGCUCGAUGCGGAGCGCGGCGCGGCCGCAGGCGCCGCCAGCGAGGCCAUGACCAUGAUCCUGCGCCUGCAGCGGGAGAAGGCCGAGGCUAUGAUGGAGGCGCGCCAGUUCCGCCGGUACACCGAGGAGAAGAUGUCCCACGACGCCGCUGAGCUCGCCGCUCUCGAGGAGGCGCUCGCCAAGCGCGAGGCCGCGCUGCGCGCGCUCCAGCAGACGCCCCACCACCCCGGUGCCGCGUCGGGGGCGUCCACCCCGCGGCCCCCCUGCGCCACGCCGCGGCCGCCUGCCUCGCCGUCGCCCGCGGCGUCGUCCGGCGGCUACUACCCGGCGCUGCGGUGCUGCAUCGACCACCCGCCCACCGCGUCCGAGGCCGACGCGCUCGACGCGCAGACCCCGCGCGACCAGCUCACCCGCCUCUCCUACCGCGUCCACAUGCUCGAGCGCGGCGCGCCCCCGACGGCCACCACCACCACGCCCAUCAUCCGCGUCGCUCCAGGCUCCGCCUUCCCCCACCAUGCGCGCGCCUACUCCGACGACAGCCUCGACUUCUGCGAUGGCGAGUUAUUCCCCGACGACGACUGCGGCGCCAGCGACCGGGUCUACACCGUCGACGCCAUCCACGGCGGCGGCGCGCCCCUGGCGGUGCCCGAGGGCUCCUGCUGCGGCGGCACGCCUAUGGAGAGCGACUGCUGUGGCGGCGCGCCAUGGGCGGAGGACGAGGAGGUGCGCCGGCUCAGCUCGCGGAUGCAAGCACUGGAGGCAGACCGGGAGUCCAUGCGGCAGGCUAUCAUCUCCAUGGGAGCCGAGAAGGCGCAGGUCGUGCUGCUCAAGGAGAUCGCGCAGAAGCUCUGCAGGGAGGCCGCCGCACCACCACUACCGGAUGUGCCCAUGGCGCAGCAACACUUCUACAAAGGGGGAAACGCAGCGUCGGCCAUGACCGUCACUCUGCGGCCGCCACGGUACCCGCCGGUGCUCAUGCAGAGGAGGGUGGUGAAGAGGACGUCAUUCUUUGCUGCAGUGGUCAAGUGGGUUACAUUGAUCGUUUGGUGGCGACGGAAAUCAUCCCGUAUCAAGUACCCCAUUGGCCAGUGCGGUAACAACGUUGGGCUGCUGCUGCUGCUGCUGGACAAGGCUCCCAGGGCAGGGCACGGGCAUCAGAGACUUCCCAAGAGAAUCUGACUUCCAAAUGAGCCGCUCAGUCAAAUUUGUAAGGCUCAUUUGUUUGUGAAACACACAGGUGGCUUUCGCGCAUUGUUGUCGCUUUCACGCUCUUCUAUCGAUUGUGUAUGAUAAUGUAGCUUUCACAAAUGGAAGCCAUUUUCCCCUCUUUUUUUCCUUUUUGUGUCAACCUUUCCUUGUAUUUUCUCACUCUGAUGUUCUUUGCACCAUCGGUAUGGAACGGAUUGCUUGUACAGAGUAGGAUACCAGUGGAGCGUUGUACAUUGUGUUCAUGGAAAUUUAAU